GGAGAGGAGAAGAGAGGAAAGGUGUUGGAGUACAGAAUGAAAUGGAGAGGAGAGGAGAAGAGAGGAAAGGUGUUGGAGUACAGAAUGAAAUGGAGAGGAGAGGAGAAGAGAGGAAAGGAAAACUGAACACAUUGAACUUGUUGAAUUCAUUCUUAGAAAAAAGGGUUUCAAACAGUGUUCUUUGGCCGUCAUAAAAGGAGAACCCUGUUACAUGUAGAACUCUUUUGGGUUCCAUGUAGAACCCUCUGUAAAAUGGAACUAAAAAAGGGUUCUACCUGGAGGGGUUCUACCUGGAACUAAAAAGGGUUCUUCAAAGGGUUCUCCUAUGGGGACAGUGGAAGAAUCCUUCUAGGUUCUAGAUAGCCCCUUUAUAAAGAGUGCAGGACUAUAUUGCUGUAUUGGUUCUGUGGUUUUCUGUAAAACAAAGUGGCUCUUUGGUUCUGGUAAGUUAAUUAAGAUCAUCAGAAAUACUAUGAAACAUCCCCACUUUUAGAACCCAUUAACAACCAGGAAAAGUAGCCUACUUUUAUGCGUACUGAGGCAUGUGUCAUCUUCCCCAUCACAUCAUGAAAGGUCAUGUUGAUGUUCAUUUAAACUCUGUCUCUCUCUUCCUCUGACUCCUCCCUUUCUCCUCUGUUUCUCUCUGUCUUUUUCUCUCUUUCUCCUGUCUCUCUCUCUCUUUCUCCUCUGUCUCUCUCUCUUUCUCUCUCUGUCUCUCUCUCUUUCUCCUCUGUCUCUCUCUUUCUCCUCAGAUCUCCAGGCUCAAAGCGUCAGUCCACCAGCUGAAUACUCAGUCAGACUGGUGAAUGGGACCACUUCCUGUUCUGGGACAGUGGAAGUCUUCAAUGAAGGAGAGUGGUCAGGUCUUUGUUCUAGGUGGUGGAGAAUGAGGAUAGAGGUUAAGGUUGUGUGUAGAGAGCUGGACUGUGGGAAUCCUGUAUCUGAAUCUAGAGUUCUGGUUGAAUAUAGAAGAAGAGGAGUCACACUAUAUAGGUGUAGUGGAGAUGAGUCUUCUAUUAGACAGUGUGUCAUCAUAGGACCUGGUUACUGUUUUGGUGGAUAUUAUCAUCAUGUGAUCUGUUCAGAGUCUGUGCGGCUUGUGGAUGGAGCUGGUCUCUGCUCUGGGAGAGUGGAGGUGAAGUCCAAUCAGUCCUGGGCCUCAGUGUGUGAAGCUGACUUUGACCGGCAGGAUGCAGAGGUAGUCUGUAGGGAGUUUGGCUGUGGGGCUCCUGCAGCUCUACAGGGGGGGCUCUAUGGAGAAGGUGAGGGUCAGACCUGGGAUAAAGAGUUCCAGUGUAAAGGCAAAGAGUCCCUUCUCCUGGACUGUGACACCUCAGACAGAAAACACAAGACCUGCCUACCUGGUAAUGCUGUUGGACUCACCUGCUCAGAGCCUGAUGAUGUGAGGCUAGUGGGAGGAGGCAGUCGCUGUGCUGGUGGAGUGGAGUGGUACGACCAGGGAGAGUGGAGGACUGUGGGAGCUGAUGACUGGGAUGUAGCUGCAGUAGUGUGUAGACAACUGGGUUGUGGCUCCACUGUUUCAGUACUACCUGGAAACACCACUAGAGGGUUUAGAGUUUACUGUUCUGGGUCUGAGCCUUCACUGAGGGAGUGUAGAAGAAUGUAUGAUCUCCAUCCUGGACUCACAGUGAUCUGCUCAGAUCUCCUGGUCCAGCCUGAUAUCUUCCUGACUGACCCAAUGGGAGGGGUCUCCAGGGGCCACCAGGGGCCCGAGAUGUUCAGGGGCUACAACUUCACCAUCACCUGCUCCACUCAGCCACAGUACCCAGGAGGCUCCUUCCUCCUCACGUUCACCGGCUCCAACAGAACCCAGAUCCAGCCAGCUGUCAAUCACUCUGCUGCCUUCCUCUUCCCUGCUGCAGAUGACUCCCACCAAGGGAACUACAGCUGUGUUUAUGACAAUUAUGUUUUCUCUCAUAACUUCUCCUCUGAGAGUGAGCUCCUCUCCCUCACCAUCACAGCCUCUCCUCUGCCAGCCUUCAUCAUCAGACACGUUGUAGUGCUGCUGAUCCUACUGACAACAAUCACCACCUCCUACCUGUACUACAAGCCCACCAGGAGGCAGAAGAGAGUGAACAGGGUGAGCAGCAUGGAUCUUUAUGUCAAUGCCAUGGAGAUGGUCUCUCUGAGCUCCAGAGCUGAAGCUGGACCGGGAGAGGAGAGAGCAGCCCAGGGGACGGAGUAGGAGUAGAAUGAAUCUGACCCUACAUGCUUGAGAAUUCGUUUAUUUUUCUAGAACCUUGGAAUAAAUCUAAAAGGAGUGAUUGAAAUUGAUUGAUAAAAUAAAUGCUUUUCUGCUUUUGUCUUCAUGUCUUUACCUUAUUUAUCUUAUUUAGUGUCUCUUAGAUUCUUUAUCUUAUUUAGUGUCUCUUAGAUUCUUUAUCUUAUUUAGUGUCUCUUAGAUUCUUUAUCUUAUUUAGUGUCUCUUAGAUUCUUUAUCUUAUUUAGUGUCUCUUAUAUUCUUUAUCUUAUUUAGUGUCUCUUAGAUUCUUUAUCUUAUUUAGUGUCUCUUAGAUUCUUUAUCUUAUUUAGUGUCUCUUAGAUUCUUUAUCUUAUUUAGUGUCUCUUAGAUUCUUUAUCUUAUUUAGUGUCUCUUAGAUUCUUUAUCUUAUUUAGUGUCUCUUAGAUUCUUUAUCUUAUUUAGUGUCUCUUAGAUUCUUUAUCUUAUUUAGUGUCUCUUAGAUUCUUUAUCUUAUUUAGUGUCUCUUAGAUUCUUUAUCUUAUUUAGUGUCUCUUAGAUUCUUUAUCUUAUUUAGUGUCUCUUAGAUUCUUUAUCUUAUUUAGUGUCUCUUAGAUUCUUUAUCUUAUUUAGUGUCUCUUAGAUUCUUUAUCUUAUUUAGUGUCUCUUAGAUUCUUUAUCUUAUUUAGUGUCUCUUAGAUUCUUUAUCUUAUUUAGUGUCUCUUAGAUUCUUUAUCUUAUUUAGUGUCUCUUAGAUUCUUUAUCUUAUUUAGUGUCUCUUAGAUUCUUUAUCUUAUUUAGUGUCUCUUAUAUUCUUUAUCUUAUUUAGUGUCUCUUAUAUUCUUUAUCUUGAAGUGUUUCCAUUAGUCCAUGUAUUAUUGUUCAUUCUUUGUAUUUUGAAACAUUUUUUAAUAAAGGGGUCUUUUUCUCAA